AUGAGCCUCGACGAACAAGAGUCAAUGCAGUGGGCUGCGCCAACCAACCUUCUACUCAACCCCAUGGCGCAGAAUGCUGCUAGUUACCAUGCGCCUAAUCCGUUCUCACCUGGCACUGGAGACUUUUACCACUACGCCGAGAACGGCAUGUCCUACAAUGACAACAUCAAUAUCGCAUACCGACCACGUUAUCCUAGCUCAAGCUGCCCUCGAUCGUACACCGGCAUCGACCUCACCGGCCUUCCUAGCAAUAUCGACAUGACGGACUCAUACCCACCCACUGCAUAUCACAUUGAGCCACCAAAGCAUCAUGAUGCUACGGACCUGUCAGACCAUGAGAUCAACGGUCAGCUUAUGCAACUGAGUAACGACUACGACCACCACCAGUACGGCUCUCACAUCAAGGUCGACAAUCCCAAUGGCUACCAGAGUCCAUACUCUGACCUGACUCGAGCUUCUACCCCUCACGAUGAUUCUUCUCUGCACCCGCACGAAUUUGUUACAGGUGAAGGCGGCGUCAUUGACAAAGAGCAGCCGUAUGCCCAGCUGAUCUAUCAGGCGCUUCUCAAUGCGCCAAACAAGACAAUGAUACUGCGAGAUAUUUAUGAAUGGUUUAAGAACAACACCGACAAAGCCAGUGCCUCAGAAACGAAAGGAUGGCAGAACAGUAUCAGGCACAAUUUAUCGAUGAAUGGGGCUUUUGAGAAAGUUGACCAACCGGGCGAGGAAUCUCGCAAAGGCUUCAUGUGGCGUCUUACCGAUGAGGCGAUUCGCGAAGGUGUCAAGUCGACGACACGCUACCGUAGUAAGCAGCCCAACAAACGCGGCCACCGUACCCAACAGCCUCAGCCCCAGCGCCAGGCUUCCGGGGCUAAAGGUGGUCAAGCCGCCCACCGUUCAGCAAGGAUGAAGCGCUCGGGCCGCAUGCAGGAUGUAUAUCGCAACGAUCAAUACAUCUCGCGUUCCGUGCCCGCAGCCUUCGAUCCAUCCUACCAUGGCCCAGACGCGUCAAUGUCCUACCCGUCUUCUCCACACUACGGAAGCGAGGUAGACUUUAGCUACAGCUCCAGGAAUGACGACUUUGGCAGCGUUCCUGUACUCGGUCAUCCCCAUCUCGAUCUUUUUUCGCCAGCAAGAUCGUACACAAGAAGUCCUAUGUCGCAAGGUAUACCGAUCACGGACACAGCUUUUGUGCUUGAUCAGAGCCAGACUGAGAGUCUGUUUACGAGUAGUCCUAGUCCAAGCGCUGAUGAGCCGCGGACACCCGUGGACCAAGGUUGGCAUGAAGAUGUGGGGAUGGGUCCACCGUAUGUCUUCGAUGAUCAGCAUGGUUACCGAGCGUAUGCCGGUUGA